AUUUUAUUUCUCCAUCUCUUCCAUAAAUAGAGCAAAGGGCAGCACAUAAAUUUAACAAGAGCCCGCGAAAAAGAGCAGAGAGUGAGGCUCAGCAAUCAGCAUCAUCACCAUGUCUUCUUCUUCUUCUCGAUUCAAUGGCAAGAUGGGUGGCUUGAAGUUUUGCACCAAAUGCAAUAACAUUCUGUACCCUAAGGAAGACAAGGAGUUAAAGAUUCUCAUGUACGCUUGCCACAAUUGCGAUCACGAGGAGAUUGCUGAUAGCAACAUUGUGUAUAGAACAAAGAUACAUCAUUCUACAGCAGAGAAUACUCAGGCUACUGAGAAUCUAGCUGCAGACCCAACUCUUCCACGCACCAAGGCGGCUCGCUGCAGUCAAUGCAACCAUGGAGAAGCUGUGUUCUUUCAGGGAACAGCCAGAGGUGAAGAAGAAAUGUGUCUUUUUUUCGUUUGCUGCAACCCGAAUUGCGGUCACCGAUGGAGAGACUGAGGCUGCUCAAUUCAAGUUCCAUAUUGGAUUGAAGAUAAAGUUUGAGAGGUGUUUAGAGUGAUUUCUAACCAAAAAAUCAUUUCAAUUAUAGCUUUUGUACUCAUGUAGUUUUUUAUAAUGUCAAGCCAUUGUGGAACUUGGCUAUGUAGCUCAUGUUGAGUGAACUGAUAUCAGAGCAAAACUGUGUUUCUAUUUCCAUCUAUUUACAAGACUCAAAAUUUUAAGGUAA